CACUACACGCCUCUCGCCUCUUCAAAGCCUCCGCCACUUGACUCCUCUCCCCGUCUCCCGUGGUCCUCCUCCUCCUCCUUCCCCCUCGAGGUCGCCUCGCCUCGCCCAGCCUCCGCAGCCCUCGCCGGCAGCUGGCUGGCUCUCUCGCGUCUAGCCGGGAGCCGGGCUCUGGGGGAUGGCGUUCCACUACCCGGACCACGCGCUGGCGAUGGACCCCGCGGCCGCGGCCGGGGUCGGGGCGGCGGUCAACCCUAGCUUCGUGUCCCCUGGAGGCGGCGGCGUCGGGGGAGGAGCGGGCGGGUGGGAGCGGGAGAAGGCGGCAAUCGCGGCGCACCCGCUGUACGAGCGCCUGCUCGAGGCGCACGUCGCCUGCCUCCGCGUCGCCACCCCCGUCGACCAGCUCCCGCGCAUCGACGCGCAGAUAGCCGCGAGGCCCCCGCCCAUGGCGGCGGCAGCGGCCGCGGCGGCGGCGGGCGGGGCGCAGUCGGGAGGCGAGGAGCUAGACCUCUUCAUGACGCAUUACGUAUUGCUCCUCUGUUCAUUCAAGGAACAACUCCAGCAGCAUGUGCGUGUUCAUGCAAUGGAAGCAGUGAUGGCUUGCUGGGAGCUUGAACAAACUUUACAAAGCCUUACAGGGGCAUCUCCUGGUGAAGGCACUGGGGCUACUAUGUCUGAUGAUGAAGACAAUCAGGUAGACAGUGAGAGCAACAUGUUUGAUGGAAAUGAGGGGUCAGAUGGAAUGGGAUUUGGUCCCUUAAUGUUGACUGAGGGUGAGAGAUCCUUAGUUGAGCGUGUGCGGCAGGAGCUAAAGCAUGAGCUUAAGCAGGGAUACAGAGAAAAACUUGUGGAUAUUAGGGAAGAGAUAAUGCGGAAGCGAAGAGCUGGGAAACUCCCUGGGGACACAGCUUCUACGUUGAAAGCCUGGUGGCAAGCUCAUUCUAAAUGGCCAUACCCAACUGAGGAAGACAAGGCUAGACUGGUACAGGAAACAGGGCUGCAACUAAAGCAGAUCAACAACUGGUUCAUCAACCAGCGUAAGAGGAACUGGCACAGCAAUCCGGCGUCAUCCUCAUCCGACAAAAGCAAGAGAAAAAGAAGCACUGCAGGUGAUGGCAAUGCUGAGCAAUCCUGGUAGAGCGUGGUUGGAGAAGAAUUAUAUGUAAAUAACGCGUCUACUGAGAAGAAUGCACCAUAUUUUUGCUUGGGAAACAACCAUUCGAAUGGGCGUUUCCUGAGCCCCAUAUUCACACAAAGAUAUCACAGAUGUAAUAAUGUUGUAAGUAGUCACGUAAACAAAAUAAUUUGUAUAGCAAAUCACUAGAGACUAGCAUUCGUGUUCGGUAUUGUAUAGUUUUAAUUGAUUGAGCGUACUGUCUCUGUAUAACUCUCUACGGUUCAAAUGUAUUUGACUGGCACUCGAUAUCAUAUUUUGUGUUAAGUAUGUCAUGUAAAACCGUGGCUUGUUCCGUGAGUUAUCUAUCUGUGGAACUGUAGAGACGCA